UUGAAAAUGAUAAUUAAAAUAAUAGCAUUGUUUUCUAUGACGGAAGAAGACAACUGGAAGGAAGCAUUUAUUGGAGAACAAAAUGAGAGGAGGGUGAACAACCCAAAGAUUGAUCUCUUAGUUGGUUGAGUUUUAUUGUUUUCCUUGAAUUGACAUAACCAUAGUCGAUUUAAUAAAAUUAGGGUAUUCUGAAAUAGACCCAAAAUAGACCUUCUUGCUAAUGGUGCAAAAGACAGUAUUGAAGGUUGAUGUUUCUUGUGAUAAAUGCAAGAAGAAGAUCCUUAAAGCAGUUUCAGGACUGCCAGGUGUGGAAAAAAUUGAAAUUGAUGGAGCAAAAGGGACUUUGAGUGUAACGGGUGAUGCUGAUCCAUACGAGGUCAUUGUUAGAUCAAGAAAAGCUGGCAAAUUUGCUGAGGUGAUCAGUAUUGGGCCUCCACCAGCUCCUCCAAAACCAGAUGGACAGAAAAAGCCCGACCAGAAGCCCAAACCACAACCCGAGCCCCAGCCCAUGGCCCAUAUGUAUGGUCCUCCAACUCACAUUAUGCCCCCAGUCUGUGCGCCACAUGUCGUUCACAUGACACAUAGGGAAGCACCCACCCCACAAUGCUCUAUUUUGUAG